CCCUGUCAGAGCUCCGCAAAGGACGGACCAACUCACCACAGCAGUGAGCGGCCAGCGGUCCCUCCCCACGCUGCCGGGAUGGAGAGUCGGCAGCACAACGCCACCAAGGAGCCCGAGAUCGAGCUGUUUGUGAAGGCUGGUCUGGAUGGAGAAAACAUCGGAAACUGCCCCUUCUGCCAGCGCCUCUUCAUGGUGCUGUGGCUCAAAGGGGUCAAGUUCAACGUCACCACGGUGGACAUGACCAGGAAACCUGAAGAGCUGAAAGAUUUAGCGCCGGGCACCAACCCACCCUUCUUGCUGUUCAACAAGGAGCUGAAAACAGACUUCAUUAAGAUCGAGGAGUUCCUGGAGCAGACCCUGGGCCCACCCAUGUAUCCGCACCUGAGCCCCAAGUACAAGGAGUCCUUCGACGUGGGGAGCGACAUCUUUGCCAAGUUCUCAGCGUACAUCAAAAACCCGCGCAAGGAAGCGAAUAUCAAUUUCGAGAAGGCUCUGCUGCGGGAGUUUCAGCGGCUGGAUGUCUACCUAAACACCCCUCUUCCUGAGGAGAUUGACCAGGACAGCGUGGAGGACAUCACCGUCUCCAAGAGGAAAUUCCUUGACGGAGACCGCUUGACGUUGGCUGACUGCAACCUCCUGCCCAAACUGCACAUCAUCAAGAUCGCAGCCAAAAAGUACCGCGACUUCGAAAUCCCAGUGGACAUGACGGGUGUCUGGCGCUACCUCAACAACGCCUACGCCUGCGAGGAGUUCAGCCACACGUGUCCUGCGGAUGAGGAGAUAGAGCACACCUAUGCCAGCGUGGCCAGGAAGAUGACCUAACCCCGCUGCGGGGUGCACCGGCAGCACUGCCCCUGGCCGAGCCCUCCACCUCCGCAGUCCUGACAUAACCAAACCCCGGCCAAGGAAGGGACUGGAGGGGGUUUAUGGCAUCGCUAUCCCCGCCUUUCAGAAAUAGUGCCUUGCUUCACAGCCCCCUGCCGCUCCCUCCUCCUCCUCCGCUGGCUGGCUGCAGCCCCUGUGUGCCAUCAGCGCUGACCACGUGUACGGACCGGUCCCUGCGGGGCUGCAGCGGCGACUGCAUCCCUGCUCCCUGAAAACGGGUCUCACGGCCUGUGGCCACGUGUCACGGGAAACGCCGAGUGCUAGCCUUCUGCAGCAGCACUUUGGUGGAAGAGAUGAGAUCCCCCCCAGACAGCUGGGCCAGCCCUGCCUCCCCAUCCACUGCUGGAGCUGCUCUGCUCUGCUCUGCCAGCCCCGUGCGGUCCCAGCCAUCCCGUACGCUCAGGAAGAGGUGUCCCGGGAUCCCAGCGCAUCACCUGGGCUGGAGCUGUUUGAAUUCGCCCAGUCGCCCUUCUGCACGGCACCCCGCGUUUAGGCAAGCCCUCUCCUCCACCAGGGCAUCCAGGCUCCAUCUGAAGACACCAAAAGGCUCUGCCCCGGUAGUUUAUUGCAGUGACAAAGUGUUCUCGCUGCUAGAGUUGUAAAGUGCAUCUAACUCCCCAUUAGGACAUGGGGGCAAGAAGAUGCUGGGGAUGAUGCCUGGCAUGCAAGUGCCAGGAGCUGCUGUGGGAGAGAAGGAGGAGCGCGGGGACUUGCAAAGGGCUGAGGAUGGAGGGCUGAGGAUCAGAGCAUCCCUUGCAUGUGUGCCAGCAUGCAGGGCUGUGUGCUGCUGGCUGCAAGGUCCCGCCUAGCUCCUGUGAGCUGGGAAGCCUCUCCCUGCCUUUCAGGACACUGCAGGAGACGCAGCUGUGUACAGCUCCAGCUCUACCGCCCCGUCCCUGGUGCCCACCAACACUUCAGCUGCCUGCGUGGGAGACGGAGGCAUGGGGUAGGGCAUCCAUCCGGUUUCCACACCCCAGUACCAGACUAAGAGAGCAGGCAAAAGCUGCCCUGCCAAGUGCAGUGUCUGUAGGAGAUACGUGGGCACGUUUGGUGCUCCCUGGCUCAGCCUUGUGCCUUCCCAUCCAGUGUCUCUGAUGCAAGAGCCGCUCUGCACAGCCAUGACAUCCCAUCCUCCCCCGUCUGAUACCUCCAGCUCCCCCAAGGGCUCCCGACAGUGCCUGUGAAUUCAGCCAGCCCUCCCCAGCCAAAAAAAUACUGUACAGUGAGUGUGGUGGGUCAUGUGGGGACACAGAGAUGACAGACCCCCCCCCAGCCCUCACUGCCACUUCCCUCUUUGCACUAAAAGGUGUGUCUUCGCAAGCCUGUUCCUGAUAGCACUGGGUUUGGGGACUGGUUUUGUUAUCGAUGGGUUUUAGUUUGUUUGGGUUGUUUUAAACUAAAAACAGCAAUAAACUAUAUUUUAAUAUGC